GGUUCUUGCUGCUUCGUCGCUGCGAAGCCUCGUGGAACCAGCCUCUGCAGGCUCUCGGCGUGCGUCUGAGGCUUUUUAGGCGUGUGCGUAGGGGGCCGCGAUACGAUUCACCGUCGAGGUCGCCUUCCAAGGUGGAAGUGACUGAAAAGAAGACGAUGGCCCUUCUGGAGAGUGGCUGCCCUCAUGGCCCCUUACCCAGCGUUAGCCGGGACGGCCGUAUGCCCAACGGCUUGGAUCCGGUGGCCGAGACGGCGAUCAGGCAGCUGACUGAGACGAAUAACAAGCCUGCCAAGAAGACCCCGACAAAACGUAGCACGCUGAUCAUCUCAGGAGUUUCCAAGGUACCUAUCGCUCAAGAUGAAAUGGCGCUUUCUCUGGGUUAUGCUGCGUCCCUGGAGGCCGUGGCAUAUGGGGAUUCUGUGGCGGAGGGUGCAGCUGACCGGACGCACGACUCUGCUGAAUCGUCGCAGCUGCUGGACGCAUCGCCGUCGGGACAAAGGGCCGGUCAGGAGCUGGAUGAGACGACGCGAUCGGACAUCUCCGAGAGACCGUCGGUGGAAGAUGUCGAAUCUGAAACUGGCUCCACGGGAGCCCUUGAGACCAGGAGCUUGAAAGAUCACAAAGUUAGCUUUCUUCGGAGCGGUACCAAGCUCAUCUUCCGGAGGAGGAGCAAGCAGAAGGAAUCGGGCCUGAGCCAGUCGCACGAUGACUUGUCCAACGUCACCGCCGACUGCAAAGCUGCCAGCUUCUCCCGCCGCCUCAUCAAGCGCUUCUCCUUCAAGUCUAAAUCGAAACCCAAAGCUAGCGACGGCACAACAGCGGGUGAGAACUGA